UGGCAUAACAAUACGAGGAGUUUUCAUCGAAGGAACGAGGAACCACUUGAUGAAACUACAGCUGGAAUAAAAGUUGGAACUUUAUCAUUAUGGCUCAUCAGGAGAGCGCUCAAUUUGGGAAAGGAGAUUUUGUUCUCCUGGAUGAAAUUACUGAAGAUGCUUUCAUGGCGAAUUUGAAAAUGCGAUUCCAAAAGGGGCGCAUCUACACAUACAUCGGAGAAGUAGUGGUAUCCAUAAACCCAUACAGAACUGUCAACAUUUACGGAGAUGAGCAGGUUAAUGACUAUAGAGGGCGGGAGAUCUACGAACGGCCCCCUCAUAUAUUCGCCAUUGCAGACGCAGCGUACAAGUCAAUGAAGAGGAGAGCCAGGGACACAUGUAUUGUUAUAUCAGGUGAGAGUGGCUCAGGGAAGACAGAAGCCUCAAAGAUCAUCAUGAGAUACAUUGCAGCAGUCACAAAUGUGAGUCAACAAGCAGAGGUAGAGAGAGUAAAAAACAUCUUGAUCCAAUCCAAUGCUCUCCUGGAAGCAUUCGGGAAUGCCAAGACAAACAGGAAUGACAACUCCAGCCGCUUUGGCAAGUACAUGGAUAUCAACUUUGACUUCAAAGGAGAUCCUAUUGGCGGACACAUUAACAACUAUCUUCUAGAAAAGUCAAGAGUUAUACACCAGCAGAAAGGAGAGAGGAACUUUCAUUCGUUCUACCAGCUUCUAGUAGGAUGCACGGAACAGAUGCUGAAGGAAUUCAAGCUGAAGAGGGAUCCUAAAGCCUUCUUCUACAUCAAUCAGGGAAAUGGCGCAACAGAGAGGGAGCUACCAGAGGCUAAAGGUUCACAAGCAGGACAUGAUAGGAGGGACUACAAGGCAGCUCAAGAAGCAAUGAGGGAUCUUGGCUUCACCCCAGAAGAGCAAAAGACUGUCUGGACAAUGGUAGCUGCCAUUAUGCAUCUGGGUGAGGUGCAAUUUGAGCCUGACAAAGAUGAAGGAUCCAAGGUCCAAAACAAGGAUGCCAUCAAGACGCUCGCGACCCUGCUCAAGGUCAGCAAAGACGACCUCACCACCGCGUUAUGCUUCCGGGUCGUUGCUGCAGGGUCAAACGAGGUCGUGCACAAAGGUCACACCAAGGAUCAGGCCUACUACGGAAGGGAUGCUUUUGCCAAGGCAAUGUAUGAACGCCUCUUCACAUGGAUCGUGGGUAAGGUGAACAAUGCCAUUGAAGUCAAAGGUACAGUGAAGGAUCAUGGGAAGGAGACGGUCAUCGGUGUGCUGGACAUCUACGGCUUUGAGAUAUUUGAUGACAACAGCUUUGAGCAGUUCUGCAUUAACUACUGCAAUGAGAAGCUUCAGCAGCUCUUCAUAGAGCUCGUCCUGAAGCAGGAGCAGGAGGAGUACCAGCGGGAAGGCAUCGAGUGGACCAAGGUGGAAUACUUCAACAACUGCAUCAUCUGUGACCUGGUGGAGGAGCAACACAAGGGGGUCAUCGCGAUCCUCGACGAGGCCUGCUUGAACGUUGGGAAGAUCACCGAUGCCAUCUUUUUGGAUGCUAUGAACAAGAAACUCUCCUCCCAUCCUCACUUCACAAGUAGAGCUCCAGCCAGAGAGAAGAGCCUUGAACACGGGAAGAACUUCAUGAUCAAGCAUUAUGCUGGUGAUGUCACCUAUGAUGUGACUGGUUUCAUGGACAAGAACAAGGACACCCUCUUCCAGGAUUUCAAACGUCUUCUCUUCUCCAGUCAGAACGCAACAAUCUCAUCAAUGUGGCCUGAAGGUCAGCAGAAAGUCACUGCUGUAACCAAGCGACCUCCCACAGCUGGUACAGUCUUCAAGAACUCCAUGAUAGAACUAGUUAAAAACCUGGCCUCAAAGGAGCCAUACUACGUGAGGUGCAUCAAACCCAACGAAGAGAAAUCACCACUACUCUUUGAGGAUGUUCGAUGUCUACAUCAAGUCAGGUAUCUGGGACUGUUGGAGAACGUCCGUGUGAGGAGGGCAGGCUUCGCUUCCAGACAGCACUACCAGCGAUUUCUUCUCAGGUAUAAGAUGUUAUCAGGCUACACCUGGCCUAACUUCCGAGGGGGAGACGACAAGCUCGGGGUCCAGACCCUGGUCAGUGAACUCCAGCUGGACCAUGAUGUCAAGUACGGCAAGACAAAGAUUUUCAUCAGAACCCCAAGGACGAUAGUCCAGCUCGAGGAGGCCAGGACCAGGUUACUUCCAGCUCUAGCGACAUUCCUGCAAAAGCUUUGGAGAGGCACCCUGGCCAGGUGGCGAGUCAAGAAGAUCCGAGCCAUCUACCUGAUUAUGAGUGCUUACAAGCGCUACGUCAGGAGGUCCUACAUGAACAAGGUCAAGGCUACGUUUGGUCGGGUCAAGCAGAAGAGGGAUUAUGGGAGGAGUCUGGAAUGGCCGGAGCCUCACAGGUGGAUGAGGCCCCUUUCCAAGUUGCUACAGAAGUCACAUAGGAGAUGGGUAGCUGCUCAGAUCCUAAGAAACAUCCCCAGAGAGGAAUGGCCAGAGGUCAGACUAAAGUCAGCUGCACAGUCGGCCUUAGCAGGUCGAAGGUCAAAUUGGGGUCACCAAAGGAGGUGGAAGGGAGAUUAUCUCUCCUCUAUGGAUGAGAAUUUUCAAUCAUCGGUGUAUGUAGCAAUGAUAGGACAACUCAAAACCAAAGACAGGUUCAAGAAUGUACUCUUCUCAUCAAAAAUACUCAAGGUUAACAAGCAUAACAAGUUUGCAGAGAGGGCGCUUGUCGUCACCGAUCAGUUCAUCUACAAACUGGAUCCCAAGAAGAAUUUCAAACUCAUGAGACCGGGAACUCCUGUUUCAGAGGUUACGGGAGUGAGCGUGACCCCCGGUAGAGAUCAGCUGAUCAUAGUCCAUCUAUCAGGUGACAAUGACAUCGUCGUGUGCCUUACCAAUGAUGCCAGAGAGAACAGAGUCCCUGAACUUGUUGGCAUCCUGGAAGACACGUGGGUGGGCACUCGUAAACGAGAGAUCCGGACCAUCGUCAGCAACAACCUGCAGUGCCAGCUGGGAAAGAAGCAGCGGAAGAUCCGCGUCCAACCGACUGGUGUUGACGAACCAGUCUUCCAAAGAGAUCACCAUGACUUCAUCCUACAAUGGCCCAGCAUCGAGAGCUGAGAGUACUGCUGACCUAGACCUUGGAGGCCUUCUCAUACUGAUCCAGCCCAGGUAACCUGCCCCAAAGCUUAUCAACUUGUCCUGAAAGUGAUCCCAUAAAACAGUUCUGACUACUCUUACUACUGCCGCACUACCGAUACGACCCCUGUUUACAGCGAGUCAGCGCAAGUCUGAAGAAGCCAGCAGAAAGAAGCUGGCGAUACAUGUAGCUGACAAGGUAAAAACCAAUUUGAUUGUGAAAAGAUGAAAACUUGUUUUAUAUGAGUUUUACCCAUCAGAUGAAUCUCUUACGUAGUUCCAACUCCUGUUUGGGUACAUGUUAGGUGUGAGCAGUCUUUGAGAAUCGUUAUACAAACACUUUUUUUUAACACUACGUCCUGGAGCUGGGGAGCGUUUCAUGAAUGGGUUUUGCCAGUGAUUUUCACUGAGAUAUAUUAUAAGCUACAUUUACUGCGAAUCUUUAUAAUAAUAAUAAUGGUAUAGUUACCCAGGGUAGCCACUUCAGUUCAGUUUCUCCCGGCUGGCCCUGCUGUUAUUAUUACCCCAGCUAAGCUAGGCUACCUAUCUCUGCAGCCUAUUGGCUGAUAACAAAUCAAUUAGUGAAAGUUAUUGACAAAGCUUACCAUGAAGUGUUUUUCCUGGAGAAAUGUUUUAAGCUACUGCAAAUACUUGCAUCUGAUUGGCUGGUUACAAACAAGUCGGUGAAAAUCAUUGACAAAAUAUUCCAUGAAACCUUUUCCCUGGUCCAUUUUGUGGCCCUAACCAUUUUCAAAGUGCAGGGCUUUUAUUCUGAAAUCCUGAUGGCCUUUUAUUAUCUAGUGCGUUAUGAAGCCAAACUUGUGUAUUAAGGACAUGCAACCAAAUGAAACUGUUUACAAAAUGAAAGAUGAAGACUGGUUCUGCAACAAACCUUGCUGUUUUACUGGAUCAAUGUAGCAUUCAACGAGGCAUUACCCUGUUGGCUUACUCCCUUGGAACAACCUAGAGUUAUUUUAACUCUCUAUUUUUUUUCUCUCUCAUUGUAAUCAAUGUGUAGAAUUAACUUCCCUAUAAGAGAUAUAUGAAUAUAUUUACAUUUCUAUUUUAUUUUUCUUAAAAUAUCAUUCAGUGGAAUGGUACAUGUAGCUAUGCGAAUCUUUUACUACUCAAUGCCUUAUCGAUUCUGGAAGCGCCAUGGUUUAGUGGUUCUGACACUUGCAUUUUAAUCAGAGGGUCAUGUGUUUGAGUCCCAUCAUGGCCUUAUGUCCUUUGGCAGGGCAUCAAUCCACAAGUGCCGAUGUAUUUUAAUUAGCAUUUGAGUGUGGAAACUCUUAUCGGAAUGCUCCUCAGGGUGCGGAGUGUGUAUAUGUAAUCAUGCAAUGAUUUAAUAUGAAAAGUGCUUAAAUAACUUGUUCCAGUAUAUCAAGCGGAAUAUUGAUAAUGGUAUUUCGUUGAAACAGCUGAGAGGUGUGUCUUUACAUUGUACAUAAAGAUGGUAAUAUUUUUUUUUCCAUAUUUGGACAUGAAAACAACUCUUUCAUAUACCAUGGACAUGGAAUUAUUUAUGAAUAAGAUGUACUUAAGCAGACAUUCCAAAAACCAGUGUGUAAGAAAAGAUUUUUGACUGUACACGAAUUAUGUAUACAUGUAAUUGAGGGAUUUUAUUUGAUAAGAAUUAGGAGAGUAUGACAUUUGCAUUUGAUUUAUGGAAUAAUUAAAUAAUUUGAUUUUUAUCUUUAAUCUGUUAUUGACUUUUAAAUGGUGAUAUGGAUCUUAAGCAACUGAUUGACCUGAACCUAUCACAUAGCCAGUCAUGUAUUGUAGAUAAAAGGAGAAUUUGGUCAUGACUAUUAAAAUUGGCUAGUUCUUAUGACUGUUAUCAAAUUUGUAAGGAGGAUGGCUUAUCAAAUAUGAAGGAUCCUCAUCGCUAUCUGUUAGAACAUUAGUUUUAUACACAUCAUUGUGUUAGAGCAUUAGAAUAACUACACACAUUUGUUUACAUUGAAACAGUCCAGACACCCUUGGCUAUGCCUUGGGCAUGUUGGAACUGUACCAAUAGUACCUUGUGUGUGUAAUUCUUACAAGUGCGCUCAAUGAUUUGUUCUAUUUGUGUUAAUCAACGUUGCAAAUUAACUACUGCCUUCUGCAUGUAUGUGAGUAAAGUUUAUGAAGUGCAAUACAUGUGCCAAUGAUAUCUACAUGUACCACAGUAAUUACAAGUAAGUUUUCUUUUGUUAUUUUUCCCCCAAUUACGUUACAUGCAUGUGAAAACGUUUGACCACCUUGCUUAAUUUUGUAAUUUCAAAUGUUAUGAAUGAUGUACAUGUAUGCACACAUUUAAUUCCAAUCAAAUUUCAAUCAUUGCACAAAUUGAUGUGUUUGGACCAACAAACUAUACCAGAUUGUCUAUGCAAAUCAUUCCUGUGAUCAGUGGCAGACCGUGACCCGGAGGAGACAUAGUGUCGGAGAGGCACAGCAUUGUUCACAAACAAUACAGUGCCCCUCCAAUCAGUGUCUCCUCCGGGUCAUGGUCCGCCACUGCCUGUGAUAUGUUGUAAAACUAAUUAAUGUUGUAAAACUAAUUGACAUUGUAAAAGUAAUUGAUAUUGUAAAACUAAUUAAUGCAUUUGUUGUCUAUUUUUUGCUAAUUAUACUAGUCUUUCUUCAAUUUGAAACCUUGUAUUGUUAUAAGAUAAAAGAAAUUUUAUUUUGGACCAUUAUGAUUAUAGGAUAUUCUUUCUUGUGAUAUUUUUUAACCUUGCAUUGUAACAGGAUAAAAGAGAUUUUAUUUUGAAAUGUUAUGAUUAUAGGAUAUUCUUUCUUGUGAUAUUUUUGAACCUUGCAUUGUAACAGGAUAAAAGAGAUUUUAUUUUGAAAUGUUAUGAUUAUAGGAUAUUCUUUCUUGUGAUAUUUUUGAACCUUGCAUUAUAACAGGAUAAAAGAGAUUUUAUUUUGAAAUGUUAUGAUUAUAGGAUAUUCUUUCUCCAAUGUGUGCUAAAUUAAGGCAUCUUGUCAAAAUCUGUGACAUGUCUUUUGACAGGAAUACUGCAAUGAAGGCACUAUGCGUCUUUUCAUAGCGGCUUUCUUGCAUUCCUCAUCAUUUUGUCUAUGAUGCAAUGUGAGGAUUGCUGAUGCAAGGCCGCUUGCGGGUUGCCCGUUGGAAAAACACUGCUUUGACUUUUGACCAGGAGUCCCGUCUUACAGAGAGUUGCGAUUGAUCCAAUCAAUCGCAACUAUGGAAAGCCAGCAACAACAACAUCUAAAAUACAUGUUUGUUCAAAAUGUUUUCUAGAAAUGACGUAUAUUCAUACAUUCACUGCUUUCUUGAUAAAUCAGUAUGCUUCCCUUUGUUUUCAAUCGACAUUGAACAAAUUUCCUAAGGAAAAAAUUUUGACAAUGAUGGAUUUCCAUACAUUUGAGAUUGAUUGGAUCAAUUAACUCUUUGUAAGAUGGGGCCCUUUGAGCCUACAGAUAAUGUUUGUUCAAAUUGUUACCUUUGAAUUAUACUUACAUACGUGUAACUAGUAUCAUCAUAAGUUAGACCAAGCUCGUUUUGAAAGUAUCUGAAUUGUGUGUGAAUUUGCAGACUUUACAUACAUCGAGUUUGGCAUGAUAUUUCUGCAUACCGUACAUUUUAGUUUCAAAUUUAUUGUACAAUUAAUUAUAUUUCUGCUUCUCAUUUACCCUGAAUCUAUUUAUUUUCAUCUCUCCAUGAUUUUUUCUUUUUAUAUAGACGUUUUCAUUUUAUAGAUAAUGUUUUUUUUCAUUUCCGACAAACAUUGUGAUACAUGUACUCAAAUUAUUCCGAGACAAAUAAGAAAACCAAUAUCAUGCAUAUUCUGUGGUACAAUUUUUUUUCUUUGCAUGGUCAUCGCUUCUGGAGCUCCACGUACAAAUUAUAUGGGAAGUACAGAAUUGGGUAGUCAUGUUAGCAUUACCUCUCUUCCUAGCCUCACUUUUGAGUUUAUAUACAAUACUUUGGGCCAGUAUUGAGCAUGUCAAACAAAAGUUUAUAUAUGUGAAAUAUGUGCAGAGGUUUGCAUAGCCUAAUGACUUCAGGUAUGAUUCCACUAAUGAUACAAUAAAUACAUGCUACAUGUAUUAUGUCGUCAAAUUUCUCUGAAAAGUUUUAGACUAUUUAUAUGUUGUUUUUUUUUAUCAUGGAGGUUAUUCAGAGAUAUAACUACACAGAGGGAUGUGUAUUUUUUAAGUUGAUAGUUCAUCUUUUGGUUGAUAGUCAAUGCUAGAAAUAUUUCUGUCACUGAAAUCGUAUCAUUGACUGAGUCGUCCAACCGAGUCGAGGUCAAGAUGAUUUCGGUAUACAGGUAAUAUUACUGGGGCUUUUGUUACAAAGAGUUGCGAUUGAUCCACCCACUCUCGGCUAUAGAAAAUCAGCAAUACUAGGCAUUGUGGCUCAGUGGGAGAGUACCCGUACAGUAAUUGCAAUUGAUAUUAUCGUAUUGCUAUGUAAUCCAUAAUUAUACAUCCAGUAGUGUACGCAGGGGGUGAGGGUGGUUACAAGGGUUCAAACCCGACCCCCCCCCCCUUAAUUUCUUUUUAUACCCCCCCCCUCCAUUUUU